GGGAAGCACGAGGAGACCGGAGCCCCGGCGGAGCGGGGGAAUUCCUGGGCUCCUAGACUCUUCUGUGAUACCCAUCUCAUCCGCCGCGCUGGCUAAUGGUGCUAGUGCAUAAUACACCCUUCCCCUGCUUAUCCCACCAUCCCUCUUCUACUCUGCCAGUUACAUGCAUCGCCUUGGCGCCAUCCAGUUUCCCGCACAGCCAAGUGAAAAAAAAAAAAAACUUGGACACGAUUCGAGUCAUCGCCGUAUAGGAUAUUAUAGCAACUCUCUCCAGGCAUCUCUCUCUCAGCUAUACUUCCAUCACGCUCACUCUUGGAAUCGCAUUGGUGCUCCCGGAAUCGAGAACCCGCUAUUACCAUGACCGUCGCCGCCCCAUCUCCAACGUCGGCCAGUGGCUCAUCUGGCGGGCCGAGCUUUGCGGACGACGACAGCACCGAGCAAGAAGAGACUGCUACGUCGGAAGUGAGCACGUCUCACGACUCGGAACUUGGGGAGCGCCAACCCCUGUUGGGCUCUCCCUCCUCCUCCGCGCCCAAGGAUGACGGGUGGGCGCCGCCGCGGCACUUCGUCUGGAUCGAGAUGGCUAUUAUGGCCAACGUCUUCCUCUACGGCUUCGACGGCACCAUCACUGCGGCGACAUACGCCGUCAUCAGCUCCGAGUUCGGCGCCACCAACAAUGCGUCCUGGCUCACCACUUCCUACCUCAUCACGAGCACUGCCUUCCAGCCCUUGUACGGCCGCGUAUCCGACAUCUUCGGUCGCCGCAUUUGCUUCUUCUUCUCCACCAUAACCUUUGCCCUUGGCUGUCUUGGCUGCGGCCUCGCCCACAAUAUGAUCCUCCUUGACUGCAUGAGGGCCCUGGCUGGGUUUGGCGGCGGAGGACUUAUGUCUAUGGCUACCAUCGUCAAUUCGGAUAUGAUCCCCUUCCGCAAACGUGGAAUGUACCAGGCGAUGCAGAACGCCAUUUUCGGAUUUGGGUCCAUAUCCGGAGCCUCAUUCGGGGGCUCCAUAGCCGACCGCAUCGGAUGGCGUUGGUGCUUCCUCCUACAAGUACCUAUUUCUAUAGCGGCAUUCAUUCUUGGCUACAUGGUUAUCGAGAACCAGGACACCGUCAACCUCCACGGGGGCUCCAGCUUCAAGGAGAUCUGGCGCAUAGUUGACUUUUCCGGCUCUCUGCUUUUGGUCGUAGCCAUAGUGGUACAACUCGUGGGACUGAGCUUGGGCGGCAACGAAUUGCCCUGGAGCAGUCCCCUGGUUAUAGGGUUGUUGGUCGCAAGCGUCUUGCUCUUUGGCCUAUUCCUCGUCGUCGAAUCCAAGACUACCGCGAUACCCGUCAUUCCUUUGCGGAUGUUGAAAGGACGCUUUCCUAUCACAAUCCAGAUAGCGAACCUCUUCGCGGGCCUUUCUUCCUACUCAUAUAUUUUCCAACUACCCUUAUUUUUCCAGACAGUAUUGCUCGAUUCCGCUGCUGUUGCCGGAGCACGUCUUGCUAUCCCGUCCCUGGCAACGCCUACUGGAGGCGUCAUCGCCGGUAUAGUCAUGUCGCGAUGGGGUAAACUACCGAUCCUUAUCCGGGUUGGUGCCGCUUUCAUGCUAAUCGGGACGGGACUGGUAACUUCUUUAAGUUUUGUGGAUUCUAAUUGGAAGUAUUUCGUCUAUAUUAUUCCUAAUAAUUUAGGUGUAGGCUUGAUUUAUCCAAGCAUCUUAUUCACCUCCUUGGCUACAUUCGAGCACGCCGAUCACGCUGUGUGCUCGUCUACGGUCUACCUCAUAAGAUCUCUUGGCGCCGUUUGGGGCGUGUCCAUCACUUCUGCCAUAGUCCAGACCACGCUCAGCGUCCGGCUCCCAGAGGCCUUGAGUGACGUACCAGAUAAAGCGAGAAUUAUCGACGCUAUCCGGCAUUCGACCGAAGUGCUACGCGAGUUGCCCCCCGAUAUUCAACUCAAGGCGCGUAUGGUGUACCACGAGGCACUGAGACACUCGUUUGCUACAUCUGCCACGUUCGCGUUUAUCACCUUCUGCGCCUCGAUGCUCGCCAACGGCAAGACCCUGCGCAAAACGAGCGGCUAAGCAGUUGUGCCAGGGCUAUCCUCGGCUCUGCGAGUUUGGUUCGUAGUCGUGGGUGACGCGUUAUUGCAUGCUGGCUAAACAAUGGUUGAAUACAUCGCUCAAUGGUUUUAAAAAUGAGGUCCACCCCUGAAAACAUGAAUAAUAGACUGGUGUAACGAGGUUGUAUCAUUUUCGGACGACUUUGACAAUAACUACAGCUUGUUACCUAACCUGUUCAAGUUAUUUAUUCCUAGAUGAUGUAGGUAUAAUACGUGGUGUACCUAGAUUGUGUUCGCUCUAGAGCCGAACAUUUGGUUUAGGGGUAGCCGUGGCAGUAUUAAGCUAAAAUAAGAGCCCCUUGGACACCUCUUAGAUAGAACGAAGGGAUCUCUUUAUAACUCUCAGAUCACUUCG